UCUUGUUCGCUCUCCGCAGCUUCAACAUGCCCGCCUGCUCAGAAGCCCGGCAAUGCCCAGCGCUUCCUCAGGAGCAGCCUCUCGGAGCUGCCUCGCCUCCUCACGAGGAACUUCAGUACCUGAGGCAGGUCGAACAUAUCCUGCAAUUCGGACACAGAAAGGAGGACCGGACCGGGACCGGCACCAUCUCCGUCUUCGGGAUGCAGACGCGGUAUAAUCUCCGAGAUAACUUUCCCUUGUUAACAACAAAAAGAGUGUUCUGGAAGGGAGUACUUGAAGAACUACUUUGGUUUAUUAAGGGUUCUACAAAUGCGAAGGAACUUUCUGCUAAAGGUGUCAAGAUCUGGGAUGCCAAUGGUUCUCGUGAAUUCUUAGACAAGCAGGGAUUCUUUUCUAGAGAGGAAGGUGACUUGGGUCCAAUUUAUGGUUUCCAGUGGAGACAUUUUGGAGCUGAAUACAAAGAUAUGAAAACAGAUUACACAGGACAAGGAGUUGAUCAGUUGCAGCAGGUAAUUGAUACAAUCAGGAACAAUCCAGACAACAGAAGAAUUAUCAUGUGUGCAUGGAAUCCCAAAGAUGUCUCUACAAUGGCCUUGCCUCCAUGUCAUGCUCUCUGCCAGUUUUAUGUUUUAAAUGGUGAGCUCUCCUGUCAGUUGUAUCAACGUUCUGGAGACAUGGGAUUGGGAGUGCCUUUCAAUAUUGCCAGUUAUUCACUCCUCACAUUGAUGAUUGCUCACAUCACAGGCUUGAAGCCUGGAGAGUUUGUACAUACAUUAGGCGACGCUCAUAUAUACCUAAACCAUAUUGAACCUUUGAAAAUUCAGCUUCAGAGGGAACCAAGACCCUUCCCUAAGCUCAGAAUUCUUCGCGAAGUUGAAAACAUCAAUGAUUUCAAAGCGGAGGACUUCAAAAUAGAAGGUUAUGAUCCUCACCCUGCUAUUAAAAUGGAAAUGGCUGUUUAAUGGACUUGCUUCAAGGAGUAUUUAUGUAUCUUCUUUUCAAUAGUAUUUUUAAAUGUUGUAAGUAUUCAAAAUAUGGGCCAUCAUUUGUGAUACAUUACCUUGGCCUUCAUUCACAAGGAUUUUGAUGAUACAGUGUAUAUAUUUUAUUGUACAUGUGAUGCAGUCCCUGUGUGUGCAGGCUUUUCACCUCUUUGCUGCAAGGUAAUUUUAGGCUGUAUAGUUAAGUAAUUUUCAAGGCUGACUGGCACCAGCUAAUAAAAUGCACAAAUGUGUACAAUAGUACUAUGAUUUCUCUGGACACAGUGAUAUAUUUAGCACACGUUUGCAAUCUUAAAAGGCUUCAAAAUAACCUUAAAACAAGGAAAGGAUGGAGGAAACUGAAGGUUCAACUAUAAAUUCAAAAUCUGUGUAUAAUAUAUUUAGCCAUUUUUCUAUAUUUAGCCACUUUUAUAUGAAAGCCAAUCUCAAUACUGUCUUGGUUUCCUUUGUGAGAAAGGUGGCCAAUAAAAUUUUACUAUAAAAUAAAAAUCACUUUUUAAAAUAGGAUGUACUUUAAGAAUGGUACAGAAGGCAUAAUUAGUGCUAUGCAAGAUUUAUUUUGUUGGCUUUUAAUUAUUUAGCAACUGAUAGUGCAUUCUUUCUAAAUCACUGUAAGUAAGGAAAAUUCUACCGUGUAACUUAGAACCCUGUUGUGGCAAAAGAACCUAUUAAUAUUUUUGAAGCUAAUGUUGUUAGGAAUUUCAAACAGAUGACUUAGGUGCUUUUGCCACAGCAGGGGUAGAAGAAGUUAGACAUGGUAGAAUUUUGCUUCUGAAAGCAUUGGGGCUUUCCCAGUGAUUGGGCUUGUUCUAACCUGGGGAAGAACAUCCUUCUUCCAGUUAGUGGGAUGUUACCUCAACCCAUGUAAACCUGUAAACGUAUGUGUUUAGACUGACAUGGGGAAUUAACUUGCUUCAGUAACCUAAUGAGGUGAUGUGAGUUGCAUGAUUCAGUAGGAAAUGGACAACAGAAGCAGAUUUAAAGAGAAAUAUGGAGUUUGAGGAUUUGGUAUUAGGGAGCAGGGGAGAACUUAUCCAAACCAAAUACCAAAUUAAACCAAACAUAACAUUUCCUAAUACUCAAUCAAGGCACUAGUAGAUAGCACAUUUGGAUUAGGAGUUACUUCUAAGCUAAAGGUGUAAGCGUGGGGGAAACGGGGAACAAGACAGGAGAGAAGUGAGUGUCUAGUUGUAACUAGCAAACAGAAGGAAAAUGCCAGCUGUGUGGAAAACAGAAUAUUGGAAAGUAAUGGGAGAAAGAUGGGUAGCAAAAAGCAGUCAGGAAAAAGGAGGGAAUACCCACUAUAUUGGGAGCCUGUUGAAUUCCACAUGAGGCCCAGAGCAGAAGAUAAAAAACUCCAAAUAUGAGUAUGAUAUAAAAGUAUGGAAAAGUCAUCCAGGGGUGAUUAGUUUACCUGAGAGGUGGACAGCUCAGGCCUUUUUGACAAAGGCUGUAUAAUGGCUUGAUUGAUUUACCUGAGUGGCAAUCCUGAUUAAAAAAGGCUAGAAGAUGGCUGAUGUCCUGACCUCGCUUAUAAUCAGGUUUUCAGGGAACUCUG